AUGGCUGAUGCGGAGCAGUGGUUUAAGGCCGUGCGGAGUAAGAAUGUACAGCUGGUGUCCGAGCUUCUACCGACAUAUGCACGUACACAAAACAAGCAUGGCGAGACGGCUCUGAUGAUGGCUGCUGCAUCCAACUGCUUGAGCCUUUGCCGAGCCCUUGCUCCCCACGAGCACUCAAUGACCAACAAUAGAGGAUACACGGCCCUAGCCAUUGCUGCCCUUAGAAAUUAUUCGAGCGUAUGUCUGUUACUAGUCAAAUACGAGAAAAGUGUGCCGCUACACAAAGGCAUGACACCUUUGCUAUUAGCCAUCCAAAGCUCCAGUUUAGAUGCUGUCAGAGUUCUAACACCCUACUAUCCUGACACAGAGGCCUCAAAAAUGUCUGACAUAGCUGUUCUGACCGAUGAUUCUGAAAUGCUAUCUCUCUUGAUCAGUUCUGCCUCUAUAACACAGGAGGAUGUUCAGCGCUCCCUGUCUGCGUCUGCUAUUUAUACAGAACAAGUCGCCAAGAGCAGUGUUGAACACAACGUUCUCCCUCCUUCUCACUCGUUGCUGCUGAGCACGGCACCUCCUGUUCAAUCGAGGCAAGAAGAUCUCGAUGAUAGAGAAUACUCACAAGAGCAUCCUUUUUCCCUAAGCACACAGAUUGGUGCUACUGUUGCUAGCACCAGAAUUGAGCAGGCACCUACUCUACCACUAAGCGAUUCUGUUAUGGCACGGAUGGGCGUGUCAACCCUUGCCGAGCAGAGCAGGCUUCAGAUAAGCCAUUUGGCUAAGACGCCCUCCAGCCAAACAAGCAAGGAGGUAACACCCUCCUCCUCACUUAAUCUUGCAGAGCAGGAGCAGCCUAUAAGCUCUCAGAGUACUCGUUCUACAGGUGUUAUUCUAUCGCGGACGCGUAUCUUAGCCUCGUCACCCAGUAAUAGCAAAAGUGGCCCCGAAUCAAGCGUCUUACAAGGUAGUGUGGAUCGCGAUAAGGAACCUAAGGAACCGUUGCAAUCCCCGAAUUCAUUAAAAUCCCAACCAGAUUCUGGUAAGAAAAAGAAAAAGCGGAACAUAGCGUCGGCAAAAUCAAUCAAAGAACCGCAGCAAAAUUCUAAGGAGCCCAAUAUAAAUGUGCAGAGACUAUUCCCAAGCCCUCCACGUGGCCAUCCUGGCCGUAGUCCUUCGUUGUCACCGUCCAGGCGCCCAUCGAUCCCGUUUUCUCAAAGCAUUCCGAUAUCUCCCUCCCGUAGCUCUCCUAGCAGGAGUUCUCCUCUGAGGCAAUCUUCCAAGAGCUCGUUCAUAAUUUCAUCUAAGAGUACCAAAGGAUCCAGCCCCAGAGCAGACAUACAUGUAAGGCCGGCAUCGGCCCUUGACAUACGUUCCUUAACCAUUAAAAACCCUUUUUCAACUCAGCAUAAGCUCGAUCCGACGUUCUACAUCACCGGGACUGAAGAAGCACCUCGCUCAUCUUCUGCAAUUACUGAGGCAUCCUCUAACCGCAAGGCUGCGGAUCGAUACAAAUACAGAUAUGCUGUCCUGGCGGAAAAAUACAGCAAAAUGCGUGAGGAAUUUGACGCCCUCAGACAAAUGGGUGAAAAGGUCACAGCAAAUGUGGUAAACAACUUGAAUGAGGUGAUAUCCACCUUGCAAACAGAAAAUGAGGAAAAAACCGCCGAGAUUGAUCGGCUGCAGAUUGAAAACCAAGAACUUCUGUGGAAAUUGGACGAAGCAGAACAAACUUUGCGAUCCACCAUGCAGACAACAACUAUUCCUGCCCCAACUAGUAACGAUGUAGUCUUCCCGCCUACUUGGGAAGCCACGUUUGUCCCUGUAGCUUCUAACCAGAACGAUCUUCCUCCGCCUGCAAGAAGUAUGUCAGCACCAGGAGCACAUACAGACUCUAAAUUAGAGCAUAAAGAUCUGAGUGAGGUUGAGCUUGAUAGCAUAAUUCGUCAUCUGCACACGCAAUCCAGCCUUUCGCGAGCAGCUCAGAUCAUUUUAGCACUGAAAGAGGCUCAGCAGGGGCUGCAAUCUGAGCUACUUGUGUGCAAGAAGAAGCUUGAAGCUGCAAUUGAUGCACGAGAUGCAGAGCACCAUGAGUGCCUCAUAUUGAAGCAGAAGUUGAUGGUCCUCGAGAAAGACUACUUGGAUCUAAAGGCAUCUGCACACAUCACUAUCCAAAAGGACAACGACGGGAAUACGCGGCUUAUUAGAGCAGUGGCUUUUAAGUCGUGCAGUGAUCUCAAGGCCAUUAAGCAGCUAAUAAAGGAGGAGGCUGGGGCAGAGAAUAAUCGCGGUCAGACGGCCUUAAUGUAUGCCGCAGCACUAGGACUAGAGGACAUAGGCCUGCUGCUUAUAGCUCGAGAAAGUGGGCACCAGGAUAAAAUUGGUUGCUCUGCGUUAAUGAUUGCAGUGAAGAAAGGAUUGAUAAGCCUUGCUGAAGCAUUGAUUCCAUAUGAAGCCGGACUACGUGACAAAGGUGGGGAGACGGCCCUAAUGACCCUAACACGGGCUGGUAUCUUAGAAAGCUUGUACGGGGCCAUGGAUUCGGACUUAUCCUCAGACAGCGCAGGCCAUUGCUUUCCUUCGCACAUGUACAUUGAACAGAUAAACAAGCUCAUAGCCGUGAUUAGGACACUAAUUGGAAUAGAAGGCGGCAUGAAGAAUAAUGAAGGAAAAACCGCCCUUAUGCUUGCUGCAGAGCAGGGGAAAAACAAGAUACUAGUUGAGCUUAUUUCCAGAGAAGCAAAGCUGCACGAUACUCACUAUAGAACGGCACUUAUGAUUGCGUGUGAGGCCAAUAACAUCGAGGCAGUUCACCUUCUCGUGCCGCACGAGAAGUGUAUAUUGCGGUGCGGCAUCUCCGCUACUGAGGCAAGCUUAUUUGGUAGUGACUUCGAAACGUUAGCUCAAAGUGCUAGCAAUGAAGAAUGCAAGCUAUCAGAACCCGGAUUUGGGACAACGGCGCUGAUGCAGAUGGCUACCCUUGGUAAUUACUCCCUUGCACAGAUUCUUGUGCCACACGAAAGUGGAUUGAUGGACCAAAAUGGACUAAUGGCCCUAGAUUAUGCUGUCCUGUCCGGCCACAAACAAAUAGUAGAGCUGCUAAGGAAUGCAGAAGGCCUUGUCACCAUUCAAGAUGGGCUCCAGCCAGAUAAAGAUAGUGCUCAUAAGAGUAGUGCCCAUGGGGCCGACACAAGCCAGAAAACACAACUUAUGCUGAUGGUAAAGCAGCGGCGUCCAGGGUUGGUGUACUGCUUACUGUCCCAAGCAGGUAAGCAAGACUCUCACGGGAUGACAGCUCUGAUGCAUGCUGUUCUGGCUCACAAUCACGAUGCAAUUAAGUUGCUUGUAGAACUAGAGGCUCGAAUUAGGAAUUCAAAGGGGGAAACAGCACUGAUGUUGGCACUUUUAAUUGAAGACACCACUGCGGUCGAACUUCUGGCCCCCCACGAACAAGGCAUUCAAGACAACGAGGGAACUACUGCGCUUAUGAUCUGUGCUUAUAAUAACUACAAGGGCUUUGUGCCUUUGUUUGUUGAAAGGGAGCAUGGUAUGGUGAUGCUCGAUGGAACCAGUGCACUUAUGGUGGCAGCAGAGCAAGGCUUUGAAGAGAUCUGCGCCAUGUUACGGCCGUAUGAGCUUAAUCUUACAAAGGACGAUGGAACCACAGCGUUCCUGUUGGCAAAGCGGCACGGACACAUCAAAAUUGCCGAGUCCCUCAGCCCUAAGAUCGUUGUCGAUAGGGAGGGUAACACAGACUUAAUGCGAAGAAUUAUAGAACUGGGGCCUUUUGACCCACUAACUGAUUCGGGUCUUACUCAGCAAACUGACAUAGCGAGUAUUGAGCGCAUUAAUAAGGCAUGGCUUUUGAAGACUCUGCUCUACCAAGCGAAGCAGGUGAACAAUCACGGGAAGACCGCCCUCAUGUUAGCAGUUGCAAAUAGAAAUGCCAUAGCAGUUAAGCUUCUGCGUAAACUAGAGGCUAAGAUGACUCUAGGGACUUUUAUUUGCCGAACCUGGAAGCUUACAGAUGCAACCGCUUUGAUGAUGGCUGCGUGCUACGGAUACGCUGACAUUGUCCGUUUGUUGGCCAAAUACGAAGCACGUUGUAUUGAAUCCUCUUUCCACCGCACUGCCUUGAUGGCUGCGGCAUACUUCAAUCAUGCACCUUGCGUUGAGGUGCUUCUAGAGUAUGAAGCAGGAAUGCAGCGCCGCGAAGGCUCCACAGCACUCAUGUUAGCUGUCUCAUCAGGAUACUAUGACAUUGCCGCAUUGCUGGCCAAACCAGAGGCCAACAUCACUACCAAUGCAAAGUCCACCUAUGGUGAGGGUGCCAGUGCCCUCAUCAUGGCUGCUGCGCUCAAUAAUUACCAAAUGGUCGAGCUUCUGGCCCCUUAUGAAGCACUGGAGUUCGGUGAGAUGGCUAUCAGAAGGACAUCUGACCCAUCUAUUGCAAAGCUCAUCAGGACCCAUGUUCCCCUGGGCAGAGGGGGCAUCGGAGCAGUGCAGAAGUAA